UGUGGGUUAAACGGGGUUCAAGUUGUUUUGUGUCGUGGUCGUUUUUCUGGUCGAGAUGAACCGCAGCGUUCCUCUGCUCAUGAAUAUGUAACGAGGACGUUCCGGUCAAACCGGGGUCACGUGACUUCUGUGAAACGUCCUCCCGCUGCUGCUGCUUCUUCGAAAAAAACAUGGCAAUGGCGUUGAAAGGUGAAAAGGAAGCUGAAGUGAAACUCCUGCCCGGGGGAGGCUCUGUGUGCUGUUCAGAACUUCGCUGGACACUUUGUGUGUGUGUGUGUUCGUGACGGAGCUCGACCUUUCCUCUGCGGCGCUGUUGUAUAAUCUCAAAUAAUCUAAUCUGUGAUGUCUUCCCCUCGCCAGAGGAGCAGCCUCCUCUGGGGGACGUGCGAGGGUUCAGAGGACGAGGGCAGGAGGCUGAAGAGGAGAGAGAAGAACAGAGUCGCGGCUCAGAAGAGUCGCAAGAGACAAACACGGAGAGCCGACCUGCUGCACGAGGCCUGUGAGCUCCUGGAGCAGAGGAACAGGACGCUGAGGACAGAGGUGGAUUCUCUGUCCGAGGAGCAGCGUCUGCUGGUGGAAGCGCUCACAGCCCACGAGCCCCAGUGUCCCAUCAUGCACUGCUCCUCCACCUCCACCUGCCUGCAGCCGGACAACAUGGCAGCCCGCUGCUCCGUGUGAGGAUAAAACAGUUACUGUUUUCUAAUCCACUUUGUUGUUCUGAAAACGCUGCCCACCGUGCAAUGCAACGACAAACCUCUAGAGGGCAGCGUUCACUGGGAUUGAAGAACUGAAAUGGAAACAGGUGUGGCCACCAGAGUGCAGGGUGCCCUCUGGUGGCCACAGCCCUGCACUACCAUCACUGGUCCCCUUCUGUAGUUCAGAUUGCUAAAUGUCAUGUCAUCCAUUCACCCAAUUCAUUUUUAUUUUUUCCCCCUUGAAAUAUGAGCGCAUGACUUUCCACAACUCCUUCCAAAUAAAUAAAUAAAUAUGAAAAAGGAAAAUCAUACACUUUGUGUGAUGCGCUUGUCUGAGGAGGAAAAGUUCAGCCGUACCCCGUUAAUACCAUAAAACCACACAACAGGUUAUUUGUAGCUUUGGCGGUAAAAUCGAUCAAUGUGAACCUUUCACUGACAUAUUGGUAUCAUCAUUUUCCUUUUCUUUUAUGAAAACUUUUAUUUUACAGAAUAAACGAUGCAGAAAAGAGUGUAUAUAUACAUGUAUGUUUACAUUAAAACAAGUUUAUUUUCUCAA